AUGGCCCAAUUAACGCCAAAAGCGGGUCUCCGGUCACAGCUACAGCCUCUGAUGCCAGAGGAUAUGCGUUCCGAACUGAUAGCCGCACUGAAGGUGCAGAACGUACACAAUGUUCGCGUUGGGAGUGGCCGUCGUUUUAUGCUACCAGGAUCGCACAACAACAGUCCGGUACGCUGCAUGCCAGCGGCACAGAAUAACGAAUCGGACAAGCGGCAAGAGCUGCGCCUGCAAGCCAUUCGGGAAAUUCGUACGUCCGAAGAGUCGUAUCUGCGGCAGCUGGAACUGCUGCUCGAAUACUUUGUCACACCGCUGCGCAGCAAUGGAUUUCUGACCGAGAAGGUGCACAACCAGCUUUUCGGACAGCUCGACACUAUCCACAACCUUAGCCAGGAGCUGCUCAAGAAGCUGGAUGAAAAUUUGGACAAUGUGGUGAAAGCGUUCACCAACCUGGGUCCGUUUUUUAAGCUUUAUUCGGUGUACGCAUUUGACUAUCGCAACUCGCUCUGUAUGCUCCAAUCGCUCGUGGACAAAAAUCCCACAUUGAAGCGAUACAUCGCAAACACGGAAUCACGCCCGGAAGUGCAGAUGAAGCUAAUCUCGUUGCUUAUCACCCCGAUACAGCGCAUCCCACGGUACAAGCUGCUGCUGCAACAGGUUCUACUGUACACCAGCCCUUCGGAUGGCGCCUACAAACCGCUACUGGAAUCGAUACGGCUGGUAGAACAGUCAGUGUCGCACAUUAAUGCCGUCGUGGAAGAUUACGAAAACACCCAAAGAUUGAUCACGGUCCAGAACGCACUCACCAACAAGUCGCUCAAGUUGGUCAAACCCGGCCGUAAGAUCCUGAAGGAGGGCUUUCUACGUAAGCAAAAGACGGAUGGAUCCACCUCGAAGAAGUACUGCAUUCUAAUGUCGGACAUGUUCAUGUACUGUCGGGUGCUAAAGGACGUCGAGGUGCUACUGACGGAGGGUUCAAGCAUCGCGUGUUGCUGUGUGUUUCCUCUGAAGAAGUGUAAAAUCGUGGAGCUUUUUCGGGGCAACUUCCGAAUCACCUGUAGCGGCGACGGUACGAUAUUUAACUCGGACGGUGAGCAGGAAAGUCAUGGCUGGUACGUUGCGAUAAAGGAGGCGAUCGAACUACACGUCCAGUGUAGGAAAACGCUGCGAAAGAUGUCUAGCAAUAGGAAACCGAUGCGUAAGAAGCAUCUGCAGCGUUUGGAACCGGAGGAUGAUAUUAUGUGGUUGUUGCGACGUAAGACGACUAGUCCGGAUCGUAUCCAGAAACCGGAUAGGACGAGAAGGAGGCGUGGUUUGUUGUGGCCCUUUAAGAACGUUAACUGUUUAGAUUUGAAUCAAUCGGUUGGAGAGCCGAGUGGACUGCAACAGUAUGUUCCAGCACGAUCGGUUGCGAACGAUUCGAUCGCGCCGCAUCGAUUCCCACAGGCAACAACCAGCGCUGCUGCUGCUAGAACUCAGCUAAGCUCAGCAGGAUUUAACUGGGGAACAGAGAAUUGCAUCCCAAACAGCACAACAGGAGUUAUUCCGGAUGCAGCCGAGUUGAAUUCAGAAACUGGAGAGGCAGACAGUGAAGCGCAAACCAACAGCAGUAGACACGUGCACUUUAGAUUUCCGUCUAUGCAUUGGCGGUACUAA